CCAAUCAAAGAUCAGAAUUUUGCAGAGCAGCAACAUCGUCGUCAUCAAGCGUGGUCGUUGUCGUUCAGUUUCAUGGCGCUAUCCGUCAACACGUGAGAUUCUACAAUUAUUGUGUUGUUGCCAUGACGAAGAGUCAAGCUCGAGGUGUCCCGUCUAAUGCUACCAAGAGAAAGAAACUCAAACCCAGUGUUGAUGAUGAACAUAAUGAGAGAACCGAGAAGAAUGUCAAAACUAAAAAGAAGACGACUGAUAAUGAGGUGUGUGAAGCAAUUGUUCCAGAAGUGGAACUGCUAAAGCCACAGAAACAAACAGGUGAAGAAAGCACAGAGAAAACUAAGAUGAAGAGAAAAAGAAAAGCAGAGAGUUCUGGAGAUCUGGAGAAAACCCCACGGCCACAGGAAUCUAAUGGUCAGGAGGAUAAGGAUGGAGAGGAAGAUCUAAGUCCUGAAGAAAAUCGAGUGCUGGAGAGGAAGCUGAAGAAGAUUCGUAAAAAGGAAGAAAUUAAGAAAAUUAAAGACGAAGGCAAAAGCACGAAGCAGGAGGAGAAUACGACAAAUGUAGCCGAGAAGCUGGCGCUGGAAUACCUGUCAUGCUGGUCUGAGAGAAAAGAUGAAUGGAAGUUUCAGAAAACCAGGCAAACAUGGCUUCUUCAGAACAUGUUUGACAGAGUGAAGGUGCCUGAUAGUUAUUUUGGGGUGUUGCUGGCCUAUCUGGAGGGUCUUCGUGGAUCUGCAAAAGAAAAGACACUGCAGAAGGCUGAAGCGUUGGUGCGCUGGGAAGGCCAGGGAGAGGGAGAAGAAGAAGAUGCUGAAACUAGGAGAAACCGAGCCAAAAUAGUAAUGCAGCAGCUGUGAAAGCCUUGAAUGAACGUCUCCAUGUUUCUAUUAAUCUGUCAUUUCCACAUAUUCAAGUGAGCAGUCAUAUUGUAAUAAUCUGUAAAUAUGUACAACAUCACGUAGAAUAAAAAGAUUUUGAUGGUUUUAA